AUGGCCACCCCCGGCCAGCCCAGCCCUGAGCAAAUGGCGGCCAUGCAACAACAGUUCGCCGCCGAAGCCGCUAAACGAGGGAUGACGCCCCAGCAGUUCGCCGCACAGCAGCGUGAACAGCUGGCUGCCGAUGCUGCCAAGCUCGGUCUGACUACUGAACAAUAUGUUGCGCAGUUGCGCAUGCGAGCAAUGCAAGCCCAUCAACAGCAACAGAAGAUCCAGGCCGAACAACAGGGUCAAGCAGCACCAGAUGGACAAGCUCCGUCGCCCGCACCCCAGCAGCACCAACACACAACCACACAACAGGUUCCUGUGAAUCCCAACAAUCCCCCGGACCCAAAGGCAUUGGCAGUUGCCAACUGGCUACGGUCGCAGAACCUCAAGCCACGCACAUGUAUCAUGGACGGUCAGCGCAAGGACAUGUUCAAGGUCAAGCGCGCAAUUCGAGCGAUUGAAUCCCCCGCCUAUGCCAAAGCCGCCUCAAAGAAGAACUCCCUCCUCCCCCCAGUGACCGACCGCGCCUCCGCCGAGAACGUUUUCAAGCUUCUUCCACUUUCCCUUUUGGCUCUCCGAGUGAGCAAGGUUGAUCCCCAUGAAGGCCACAACCAUGCCAAGCCCAAGAAUCGAACUAAGGGUCUAUGGACCGUGAAGAUCGAACAGCACCAGGAGACUGACCCCAUGAUGCACUAUGUUUGGUUGUACGACGGUCCACAGUGGAAGCAAAAGGCCAUGGCUGCCGCCGUGGUCGCGGGUAUUUUUGCCGUUGUCCUGUUCCCAUUGUGGCCAAUGUUUAUGCGUCAGGGUGUGUGGUACCUGAGUGUUGGUAUGAUGGGGCUGUUGGGUCUCUUCUUCGCCAUGGCUAUCUUCCGUUUGAUUCUAUUCUGCGUUACUGUCUUCACCGUGCCCCCAGGUCUCUGGCUAUUCCCCAAUCUGUUCGAGGAUGUCGGAUUCUUCGACAGCUUCAAGCCUCUAUGGGGCUGGCAAGAGACGAAAAAGAGCAAAAAGUCCAGCAAAAAAUCCAAGGCCUCGGCCUCUGCUCCCGCCCCAGUCGCCGCAUCUGCUCCCUCAGCUGCUCCUUCAGAAAACGCCCCCUCGGCAACCACAUCCUCCGCCGAGCCAACUUCUACCCCGUCCACAGUCGCAGCGCGGCGAGGUCUGAGCGCAAGUGUGGAAGAGGUGGAGGAGUAG